ACCACCAAAAAUUGGAGGUUAGAAGUCUGUCAACAAACGAUAAAUGUGUUUAUUUUCGCGGGUUUACAGUGAGUUGGAGUUCAUUUAACUAGAAUUAACGUGUUUAUGUGUGAAAAAAUGACCGACGACGAAUACAAUAAAAAAUUGGAGGAUCUCCAAGAAUUUAUACCAUUUUUAAAUAGUGUAAUAGAUCAGUUAAAGGAGUCGCAAAGUAAGCAACGAGAACCACAAUUGACCAAGAUGUUAUCAUUGCAUUCUAUGAUUACGAACAGGAAAAAAAAAUUAAAAAUGAAGACUUUAUUAAAGUGUGAGGAGGUUAUUUUAAAAUUAUACGACCGAUCUAAAUUUUGUACUAAAAAUCUUUCACCUUCUACCAAUUCAACGACUAAACAAAUAUCAGACAGCAAAUCUCCUGAUUGUAGUGAUUAUAGUGAAGAUAAGAAAUCUGAUGUUUUUAACAUAGAAAAUCUGAAAAAGAAAGCAGAACUGUUGAAAGCGUCGCAAGAUUUGCCAGUUAGAAGUUUUAAACCAGUGUCUUUUUCUCUCACAAAACCAGUAAAAAAACUAGCACCAGGUCCCCAACUGGAAGCUUUUCAAGAUGACCAUUCGGAGGAAAAACUUCCAAAACAAGGGAAACCUGUUUUGUCACUCUCUAGUAUUGAUAAUAGAAUUUCGGAAAGCAGUAAAGAUAAGGAACGGCGUAAUUCCGAACGAAAAUCUGAAUCUUCUAGCCUUAAAAAGACAGACAGGGAGAGUAGCACAGAACACAGGCACAAAGAAAGGAAAGAUAAGACAAAACAUAACCACACAGAGAGAAAAGAUGAAAAGCGGGAUAACAAACAUGACGGAACGACUGACAAAACAGCGAGAAAAGUUAAGGAUUAUCUAAAACAUGAAAGCAAAAAACAAGAGAAAGAUAAACCGGCUGAUAAUUAUAAUCCCAAACCGAGAAAACCUACACCUCCGUCCACUUCUUCCCUUAAUACAACCAAAGAAAUAGUCCCAAACAAUAUAACUCUUUCACCACACAUUGUACCUCCCCCUCCCCCGUCGAUUUCUCCCCUUAACUCAACCAAAGAAAUAACAACUCUCUCACAACACAUCGGUGCUCCACCUAUAUUGAAUUUCGUCAAAACUCAACCAUCUUCCAUACUUUCCGUUACUUCGACUAGGGAAACAAAUGAUAUAACUCUUACGCACCCGAUUUUCGAUUACGUUCAACCUCCACUUUCCACCAAAGAAACGACCACAAAUCAUAUAACUUAUUCAGGACCGACCUUUGAUUUCAUCCAACCUCAAGUACCUCCUUUAAACUACCCUCAAAUUCAAGCAAGGCCUCCACAACAUAUUAAAACUCCACCAAUCAACUCCGUCAACGGUGUAAGUGAACAACCUAAAAAACGGAAGCGUAGACCGAGGAAACGUAAACGGGCCAAAGCGCUGGAAGAAAGGGAACGUCAACUACUCAUUUCGUCAACGUUGGACAGCUCAUCUGAGCCCCAAAAAAAAUCAAAAAAUAAGAAAAAAAAACCAAAUCAGUCAAAAGACCGCGCUAGUUUUUCGUCAAAGUCGCAGAUAAAAAAACCCAAACCUAGCACAAGUACUGCCAAAGUAAGUGAAGAUUUGGUUUCAAGCAGCGUCACGUCCUCUUCCGAGUGCUGUUGUAAGAAAACCGAGGCUGUGGCAGUUGGUGAAAUAUCGUCGACCAAUGAUGUUCAAGAGGAUCAGUCUGAGGUCACUCGAUUCUUCACCGAAUUGUUAAAAAAUGUGCGGACUAGAGCCAUCACAUCGAAAUUUAUCAAGCAAAUAUCAAAAUUAACCACUGAUGAGAAAAUCAAAAUGGUGGUACACAAAGCUAGACCAGUGGUUAGGAGAAGAAAAGCGAAACUUCAAGCACAAUUGAAGCGUUUGAAGCGUGAAAAACUUGCUGAGUUUCGCCGCCAGUUAGAGAAGAAGAAAGAGGAAGUGACCGUUGAGGAAAAAAUGAAGAAGAAGAAGGCAAAGCCGCCCUCCGAACUCGAUAAGCUUCACAAGGAUAUCAAUGAUAUGUUUAUAAGGGAUGGAGUUUUGACAGCGUCUGGGCUGCGAAAUUGUCGCUUGUCUAAAACGCCACCUGUGCCCAACAAACUGGACCCUAAGAGUUUUAGUCCCGAAGAAUUGAAAGAAAUGGCCAAUGUUCGCGUCCUCCUACCGAAAAUCUCGAUCGAUAAAUUCAACAAACCGUCAACAAAACGGCCAAAAACAUGGAGUGAUGUUCCGAAAGCAAAACGCACAAAAUCUACAGACGAGAAACAAGUUGAAGUCCCUGAUAAAAACUACUUUUCGUCCAACUCACGCAGAUACAAGUUGGCGUGCAAGCUUUGCCCCUUCUUUGGCAACAACAUAACCAAUCAUUACCGCUCCAAACACCCGGAGAGUGAGGUUUUGUCGUCGAGGUUGAGACCAGAUAAGGCCGAAAGUGCCAUCAAGCACUCACUCGAGCUCGGAUUGGAUGACCAAGAGGACGCUAUAGUGACUAUGAGACGUGACCAUGCCUUGAAAUGCCGGUUCUGUGACGUUGAAAUUACCACGAGACUUUCAAGAUGUUACGACCACGUUACCACACAUACUGGAGAGUACCGACAUUUGUGCAGCUUAUGUGCGUUCUCUGUGAGCACACACACCGCCUUAAAGAAGCAUUGUUUAAAUGUUCACAAAAAAGUCGAAUCGUCCAAGGCGCCUAGGAUUAUGACAAGGAUCUAUGGCUAUAUAUGUCUGGAGUGUAACUUUGUCCAAAUGAAUAAGGCGGCGGUGGAAAAACACGUCAAAGUCUACCAUGCAGGGGCGAGGAUUGUGAAGAUACACCUGUCGGAGAACGAUGAUCUUGUGACCAACGAAGGUGAUCUUGAAACGCGAUCUUCGACAGAUAAUGAAGAGCGAACUUCGCCACCCGAAGAACAAAAUGAAGAGAAAAGUGAAGAACUGUUAGCUACAUUGGCACCAGUUGAUGAAGAAACGCGAUCUUCGACUGAUAAUGAGAUGGUGAUCGAUGAAGAUCAGAAUGAAGAGCGAAGGGGAACAAGUGAAUCGCCACCCAAUGAAGAGAAAAGUGAAGAACCGUUAUCUACAAUGGUACCAGUAGAUGAAGAAACGCGAUCUUCGACUGAUAAUGAGAUGGUGAUCGAUGAAGAGCGCAGGGGAACAAGUGAAUCGCCACACAAUGAAGAGAACAGUGAAGAACUGUUAGCUACAUUGGCACCAGUUGAUGAAGAAACGCGAUCUUCGACUGAUGAGAUGGUGAUCGAUGAAGAACAGAAUGAAGAGCGAAGGGGAACAAGUGAAUCGCCACCCAAUGAAGAGAAAAGUGAAGAGCCGUUAACUAAAAGAAUCAAAACUGAAGAAGACCUAGACAAUCUAGUAGUUGAUGAAUUGCCCCCUAAACAAAUAAAAACUGAAGAACCGCCAACUAAUGAAGAGUCUGAACUUCCGAGUGACGAAACCAUGUCUAGUUUGACCUCCCCGCCUCCGCUCCUCCCCCUCAUCCAAAAACCGCAAAACUAUGACAGUAGUACAAUCCGUGCCGGUUUUUUGAACAUUUACAAACACCCAGAUGGUGUUAAAUACGAAUGUCGCGUGCCUUCGUGUCUCUUCGCCACGAAACUGCGCGACCGUUUCGCCACGCAUUGGGACGAAGACCAUAGCAGAUUCAACGGUUGUUACCGUAUGGCCAUAUGUAGAGUGUGUCAAGUUGAGGUUACUUCAACUUUGGAUUCGCCUCUUUUGAGCGAGUUUUUCGCACACGUUGUAAGCAAACACUUGGAGCAAGAGCCUUCGGCUCCAGCUCUACGUAUUCGGCGUUUAAGUGGCGAUAAAUUGUCGAAAAAGGAGGAGGAAAACGAUCUUGGGAUUCAAAUUUCUGAGGUCGUGUCACUAGCUGAGGAAAAACGGGACGAAGUUAAAACAACGGGUGAAGAACCACAAACACCAGCAGUGAUGGAGCGUGUGGUGCUUAAAGAAUCCAAACUGUCGAAGAUUGAGAAAGAGACCAAGUGGAAGUCCAACGAAGCCAUGAAGAUGUUUUUGCAAUGUCCUAAAGCUUUAUACAAGUGCCCACAAUUCUUUUGCAAGUUUUCGACGAGUCUUAAGGCGGUGUUUGACCACCACGUGACCACACACGUGCCCUCGAAGGAGCAUCUAGUGUGUUGUGUCUAUUGCGAUGUUAAAACUCCCUUGAAUCAGGCGAGUCUUCAUAUAGACUUGAGGCACUCCAACUGUCUCUAUUCGUGCUCAUUGUGUCUCUAUCGUGCCCUAAACCCUCAAUAUGUGAUGGUGCACAUGAAAACGCACCACCGCGCCGACGAUGGCACGAUUCUUGCCCUUCCGGCCAAACCAUCACUAAGCAGCAAACUGAAGAAGUUUGCCGUUAAAAAAGUGUGUCCACCUUAUAAAUGUGGCUAUAAAAGUUGUGGGGCACAAUUUUUGUUCAUUGAUGAGUACUAUAACCAUAUUACGUUGAAUCAUGGCGGUUUUAUGAUCUGUGGGUAUGAGAAAAAGGAGGAAGGUGUUUACAAGUAUGUAACUAUUGACAGUUUGAUCGAGCAUUACAAGGUGCACCAUUGUUACCCUUUCCAUUGUCUUUUGUGCAAAAAAGGCACCACCGAUUUGGACACAAUGCUCAAGCAUUACUCUGUACGGCACCCUAAUGUGACUCCGGUGGUGGUUGACCGGAGCAAGGGCCCAGAAGAGGAACACAAUUACUACGAAGACCAGGCUGUUGAAAAAAUCCGUUACGUGACAGUUGACGAAAUUUUAUCAUUUGCUGACGGUGACAAGUACACGAUCGUACCAGCGAAAGAUUCAAUUGAGACACCUGAGACUAGCAAAAAAAUUGUUCCGUCACCCAAAACUAGUAAAAAAAUUGUUCCGUCACCCAAAACUAGUAAAAAAAUUGUUCCGUCACCCGAAACUAGCAAAAAAACCAAGCCUUCUCCCGAGACUAGAAAUAAAGUGACAGCGAUUAUCCCUGAAGUGGAGCCUUUAAGUCUCGAAACGGACGAUUCGGGUAUAGAAAGGUUGGGUUUAAGUGGAAGCGAGCUUUUCCGUUGUGCCUUUUGUACGGAAACGCUUGCGAACGAAACAGCGUUUAAACAACACUACCGUUCGAAAAACUGUCGUGAUCCAAACGAUGAAUCUCGCCCAUUCAAAUGUGUGCAUUGUGGCGGGAAAUUUAAAAGCCUCACGGGCUUAAACCUCCACUUGCAGUAUCACGGGCAAGUGAGGUUUCAGUGUGCCAUUUGUAACAAGCGUUAUCCUUGGUUGUAUCAAUUGAAGUUACACAUGAAGUACCACCAUGAUGUUAAAAACAUGAAGACGAUUCCGUUGGUUCCCAACAAGACGGAUUUAGACAAAGACGAAUUCGCGGUCGCACCGAUUGAAAAUAUAGCCGAACACGCCUUUCACCCUUAUCAAGUUGACGAUUUGCCCAAAGAAGCUGUUUUCAGGUGGCCUUUGAAAUGUGCGCUGUGUUUGUACAGUAGCAAGAUCAGGUCGGACCUAAUCCGACAUUUGCAGCUACAUUCGAGCGAAAUGACCGAGAUAACGCCAAUGUUUCUGAUUUGUCUCGACAAAAAUGCCUGGCAAAAUUGGUUUAACGUGUUGACUGACAAAAUGGCCGACGACGAGUAUAACAGGAAGUUGGAGAGUCUUCAACAGUAUAUUCCUUUUUUGAACAAUAUGAUAGUGCAAUUGAAGGAUCCGAGGAAGAAGAAUAGGGAACAGCAACUGACGAAGAUGAUGUCCCUGCAUUCGAUGAUUACGGAUAAGAAGAAAAAAUUGAAACUUGAAACGCUCAUUAAAUGCGAAGACGUCAUUUUAAAAUUAUAUGACAAAGUCAAAUCCGGUUCUUCUCAAUCUAACUUUCAUUCUGGACCACCAGCAGCCCCUGUCCCUCUUCCUUCCAUCGCAAGAACAUCGAAAUGCUCACCCAUUACACCGUCAAGUCCAAGUCCACCACGUGAUAUUCCAAAAACUCAACCGGUGGUAAUACCCACCGAAAAAAUACCAGAUAGGAAAAGCACAUUAAGUCAUUCUGAUAGCAGUAGUAGUUAUUAUAAGCCUAAAAUAGACAUUUAUAGUAGCGCAGGUGAUAGUCUUAAGUCAAAUAUAAGUGAAAAAGCGAGCGUGUUUGAACGUUUGGGUAAAAAACGGCCUGAUAUGUCCAAACCACCCAUUAGUUAUGCUGAUCUGGAAGCUCUACAAGAUGAUGCCGUCGAUACUGAAAGAUUGUCACUGAAUGAGUUGAAUGAUUUGAGAGAGAAACUUCAAAAACAGCUGAAAGCUUCCGACGAAUCAAAUGAUUCGUUUCCGAUUAAUACCACAGUCAGGAAUACUACUAUUUUGACGAAGAAAUCAGUAGAAAAAAGUGUGUCUAGUGAUAAAGUUAAACCUGUUGAUGUCAAACCUGUGGUUAAACCGGUGACUAGUCCAGCCCCUAAACCGGUAAAAGUGAUCAAAGAGGCUGCCAGUAUGUUUGGAAAUACCCUCUCUAGUAUAGAUAAUCAAAUCUUGGAGGGUAGCAAACACAAGGAACGCCGUAAUUCGACCAGCAAUAAAAAAGAAUCGGAACGAAGAAACUCAAACGAGAAAAAACCCGAAUCGUCUAGUCAUAAAAAAACUGACAGGAAAAGUAGCACAGAACACAAACAUAAAGAUGAGACAAAAUCAAGUAAAAAAGAAGAGAAAGACAAAGAUGAUAAACCGAAAACCGAACCGGUUUACAAGCGACUGGCCGAUAAAUACAACCCCAAACCGAGGAAACCUCAACUUGCACCUAAACCCGAACCUGUGUCACCUCCAAAAGAAAUUCCUCCACCUGAUAAAACCUUGAGUAAACCUCCAAUCACUCCUCCAAUCCUCCCCAAUCUACCGCUAGCCUCCCCCACCAGUUCCACCCACAGUGCUGACAGCGAGAUAACUUCAUUUAAUAAAAAACCAAUCUCUAUCCCAGUUUUCAACCCAAAUCUUCCUCCCCCGCUCCCAAAUUUCGUCCCGAAUCCAAAUAAUCCGACUUUCGUCAGUCAGUUUAAACCAAGACCUAACUUUCCGCCAAACCAACCACAGUUCGCACCUCAGUUUCCGCCCACUUAUUGGCCCAAUCAACCCCCCGCCCCCUUCCCCCCACGCCCUUUCACCGCCCUACCCAACCAAUUCGAACAAAUACCACCGAACUUUCCCCCUCCAACUAACACGUACACACCUCAAGAGAAUCACUUCGGACGAAAAGAUCGAGAUAUGAGACCACGUGACGAUUGGAGACCAUCAAGACCACGUGAUCCGCGAAUCAAUCAAAGGACUUUUGAUCAAAGACCUACAACACCACGACGCGAAUCGAAAGAAUACGAACACGAUUCAAGGUCAAAGUUUCGAGACCCGAGAUUGAAUCGCACUAGAUAUGAUAAUGAGCAGGACAGGUCAAGGUCACGCUCACGAGAGAGUGAGGAAAGUUGUAGUAGUAACACUUUCGCCUCACCAUUGGAUAGUUUGUAUGGUUCAAGUGACAGUUAUAGGAAGACAGGCAAAGGUUACGGUGUUCAAAAUUUCAAAAUACCGAAAAUUAAACGGGAGGAAGAGCUCGAACUUGACGAACCCAAAGCUAGCACUAGUGAAGCAUAUGAAGAAACGAAGGAAGAAAAUGUGGCUUCAAGUAGUGUCUCGUCUUCGACUGAAUGUGAUAAAACAAAUGAGAGUCAAACGGAAGAAACUAGUGCUGAAGUUGGUGAAAUAUCGUCCACCAAUGAUGUACAAGAAAGCCAGUCACGUGAGGAGUCAAAGCCUGAAGACCAGACCGAGAUUAUUAAUAAAUUUUUGAAGAAGCUUUUGGAGAAUGAACGGACACGUGCCGCUGCCUCUAUGUUUAUCGAUACAGUCUCGAGUUCGCUCGAUGACGAGAAACUAAAAAUGGUGGUCCAGAAGGUUAAAGCAGUGACUGAAGAAGAAGAAAAACGUGAAUUAAUCCGGCGAAGAAUGAAACUUAAAUCGGCCAAACUCAAGGCACAAUUAUUGAAGAAGAAGCAAGCCGUCCAAAGAAAAAUGCGUUUGAAGCGAGAGCGACUUGCAAAGCUUCGUAAAAACGAGGAGGAAGAACAAGAAGAACUCGAAAAAGAGGAGAAAGUCAAAGAGAAGAAAGAGGAAGUUUUGGUUAGUGUCGGUGAAAGGAUUAAGAAUCGGAAACGAGUGGCGGCUUCUAGCACUCCGAAGAAAAAGAAAUCGAAACAUAAGACCGAACUCGAUUUGCUUCAUGAAGAUAUCCAAGAUAUGUUUAUUAGAGAUGGUGUUUUGACGGCAACUGGCAAAAGAAUGUGCCGUUUGUUGAAGAAUGACGAAGCUAAGACUCCACCACAACUUGAAACAACACCUCGUAGUAGGAGAACAAGGAGUUUUGCCGAAAAAAUCGAUUCGGAAAAAUUGAAAGAAAUGAGUAAUGUUCGAGUGUUGAUACCGAAAAUCUCGGUUGAGAAACUAGAAGUUGAUGAUGACGGUCAAAGGUACUCGCUGAGACGUUCGAACAAAACGACCAAGAGUUACGUCGAGCAAGAUAGUGAUGAGGAGAAAGAGAAACCGACUAAAGAAGAAGAACCAGAAGAAGAGAAAAAAGAAUCGAGUGACGAAGAAGAAGAAGAAAAAGAAGAACCUCCGGUUGAAAAAUUGCCCGAAACGCCGAAAAGGAUCCGAAAACGAGCCAAAUCAUGGGCUAGUGGUAUUAUACCGAAACAAAAACGCAAGAAAAUUGUGGUUGAAGAAAAAGAAGAACCAGACGAUAAUGAAGAACAAGAAGAAGAUAAAGAGCUCGAUAAGUCGACUGAAUUUAUUGAACCUGAUAAGAACUACUUUACGGCGAAUUCUUGGCAUUUUCGCUCGCCUUGCAAGCUUUGCUCUUACUAUGGGAAAAAUAUAACCAAGCAUUAUCGUUCCAAACAUCCCGAUUCGGAAGUUUUAUCGUCGAGGUUAAGACCAGAUAAGGCCGAAAAAGCCAUCAAAGUUGCCACUGAACUAAAACUGGACGAAUCUGAAGAUGUCGCUCUAGCUUCGACACGACAAUACUCGUUCAAAUGUCGUUUCUGUGACGUUGAAAUGAAUUCAAAACCUACCAACUUUUUCGAUCAUGUGACCACACAUACCGGGGAAUACCGGUAUUUGUGCACUUUAUGCCACUUCUCUGGGAGUAACAUGAAGCCUCUUAAAAGUCAUUACGAGAAGGUUCACAAGAAAAAUUUCUAUCCGAAAGUGCCUUGGAUUAAGACGAGGAUCUAUGGUUACAUUUGCCUGGAAUGUAAUUUUGUCCAAAUGAACAGGAAGACAGUCGAGAACCAUAUCAAUGUUUAUCAUUUAGAAGAAGGGUGUAAGAUAAUGAAGAUACACUUGUCCAUAUAUGACGAUUCUAAUCUCAAGCGGAGUAUUACAAUGAUGAAAAAAAGGGAAGCAGUUAUCGGAGAACCUUUGGAAGAGAAAAUCGAAGAUCCAGAACCUAAACGAAUGAAAACUCCGAUACGAGAGUCACCAGAACCUGAACCUAAACGAAUGAAAACUCCAGUAGCAAUUUGUGAGCCUGUGAUUAAAAAAGAGAAGGAGAUUGAUAUGACUGUCUUCACGUGUAAGACUGACAUUGACGAAGAAAACGAGAAGAUUGAGCAAGAAAGGUUGAGGAAAAUGGCCGAGUUGAAUGAAUCUGUUAAAACCAAUCGCCAGUCUUUGAAUUUUGUUGAACAGUUGAGUAAUCGAUUGUUACAAGAGGAAAAAGAAGCACCAGAAUCAGAAAUAGUGUGCAUUAAGACGGAACCGUUAGAUAUCGAACCGGAACCGGAACCCGAACCACUACCCGAAAUAACGUCAAAGAAACCAUUAAAGCUUAUAGAACCACCGGUUACCACAUCAUUGGAUGUGGUCCAAAAAGACAAUACCGUGAUCCAAGGCAUGAUCGAGAAACUUCAAGUUAAACUUAAAGAUGGUACUAGUGUGGAGGGGCCGCCUCCCCUGACUCCCCUUGUUGAAAAGAAACUCGAUGACGCUAUUUGUGUCAUAAGUGCCGGUUUUUUGAACAUUGCCAAAUAUGACGACGGUCUUGAAUACAUUUGUAGAGUCCCGUCCUGUCUUUUUUCGACUAAACUUCGCGAUAGUUUUAUCACGCAUUUGGACGAGGACCACACCCGAAUUCACGAAACUUACAAAACGACCAAAUGUAAAAUCUGUCAAGUUGAAAUAACAUCAACUGUUGAUACACCCCUUUUGAGAGAAUUUUUCACACACGUUGAAAGCAAACAUUUGGAGAGUGAAAAAGAUAGUUUGACUCCGAUUUUGCGAACUCGGCGCUUGAGUGGCGACCAACUGUCCAAAAAGGAGGAGGAAGACGGGGAACAAGAGGAAGAAAAUCCUUGGGGAAUCAAAAUCGCCGAAGUCAAAUCACUAGCCGACGAGUCGACUACCAUACCGCCACUGUCACCAAUCAAAGAACGCCAAAGUCCCAAAAUCGAAAGUGUGGUCCUUAAGGAGACCAAACUGACACCGGUUGAGAAAGAGACCAAAUGGAAGUCGAACGAAGCACUUGCGAAAUUUUUGCAAUGCCCACGAUCGCUCUACAAGUGUCCGCAAUUCUUCUGCAAGUUUGCGACGAGUCUAAGACCAGUGUUUGACAACCACAUUAAAAUACACUCACCGGCGAAGGAACACCUCAUGAACUGCGUCUAUUGCGAUGUUAAAACUCCCCUAACUCAGGCGAGUCUCCACAUCGACUUGAGGCACUCCAACUGUCUCUAUUCGUGCUCCCAAUGCCUUUAUCGCGCUCUAAUGUGUCAGUAUGUGAUGGUGCACUUGAAACUGCGACACCCGAAUGAUGACCGCAUCAUUGCCUUGUCGCCAAAACAGGCAAAAACCAUCAUGAUGAGCAAGCAAAAGAAGUUUUCAGCCAAAGAAUCAUGUCCUCCGUAUACGUGUGGUUACGAAGAUUGUAACUCCCAGUUUUUGUACAUCAAUGAGUACUAUAACCACGUCACGAGUUGCCAUAAGGGUUUAAUGGCUUGUGGUAGUUUAAACACCGAUGGCUCAAAAUGUGGCUACACGUGUGCGUCUAUUGACAGUUUGAUUGACCACGCAAGGACGCAUAAUUGUUACCCUUUACAUUGUCUAUUGUGCAAAAGUGGAUGUGUGGAGUUGUAUAGUAUGCUAGAGCAUUAUUCGUUGAUUCACCCCAAUAUGAGUCCGGAGGUGGUUGACCGGAGGAACAGUCCGAAGGAUCCACGAAUGGGUCACAUUUACCACUACACCGAUGAGGCUUUCACCAAAAUCCGCUGCAUCCCAUCGGCUGAUCUCUUAUCAACAAUUGUAACGAAAGGCUUCAAUGUGGUCCCAGUGGACGCCCCAGAGCCAUCCCCUAAACCCUCCACCCCCGAGCCCAAAAACGUAACCCUCGUACCUUUAUCCCUAAUCCAACAAAAAACUCCCGAAACUAGCGGUAAAAUUAUUGCCAUUUUCCCGAAAUCGAACGAUCCCGUAAAAAUCUUCUCCCCAACUUCGACACCACCAAAACCAAAACCAGACAAUGAUUUUGUGUUCGCUUCGUCCGAAAAAGACGAUCCGAUUCGAGUCGACGAAGGCGAGAACAGUACCGAUCCUUUGAGUCUCGAAAACGAUUCGCAAGUGAUGGUUUCGGGCGACGAAAGCGAUUCGCAAGAAACGAACGAAGCGAACGAAACGAAAAGUUACGGUCUGAUUGGUUAUCAGUUGUUUCGGUGCGGUUUUUGUGAUAUAUCGUUUUCGAACGCUCGCGAUUUUCGAACACAUUGUAUAAAUUCGAAGAAGUGUCGCGAUGAUAGUACGAAUAAACCGUUCAAGUGUGUGCAUUGUGACCGAAUGUUUAAACAUCCGAAUGGUUUACUCGAACAUAUACAAUAUCACGGCCAGCUGAGAUUUUGUUGUUCGCUUUGCGUGCGACGUUUCCCAUCAUCCUUCUCGCUUAAGUUACACAUGAGGGGUAAACACAAUGUUACCAACACUAUCACGACGCCAAUAAUCCCGAACAAAACGAACCUCGAGCGUGACGAGUUCGUUCUUCGGCCCGUCCCACUUGUGGAACCAUCAGAUGGUCAAAACACCACCAAAGAACCAGCUUAUGGUCCUGACGAAAUCGAUAAGUUGCCGAAACGUUGCAUCUUCAACUCUGAAAUCAAGUGUGCCCUUUGUGCAUAUAGCACGAAAGUUCGGUCGAAUCUAGUCCGCCAUUUGCAAUUUCAUUCGGCUGAAAAAUCAGUUCCCGAGACGUCACCGGUGAAUCCCGUGCCGUGUCUCGAAAAAAACGAGAAAAUGUUUGACAAAAUGACAAAUUUGGCUAUUAGUUCAUUCACGGGGCGUAUGGGCGGUCCCAAGAGCGAGACCAAAGUUGAAGUCCCCGCCUAUGUCCCCGCCCACCGACGCUACGUAUGUUGCGCCCCCAAUUGUAAUUACUUAUGUUUGGAGGAAUCCAACUUGAGGCAUCAUUUGUUUGCGCUUCACGUGCAAGAAGCAUCGUAUACGUGCGCCCAUUGCAAAACUAACCUCAAAACGGACAUUGAAGGUUACCUCAAACACUUGAAACUUCACGACUUGCACUUGUACAAGUGUUCAAACUGUUCGUUUGUGCAUAAUUUGCGUCACAAAGUCGAUAAACACGCUGGGGAUAAACACCCCGAGAAGACAACCAAUACGAUAACGGUGCGGGCUUUGGAGGCGGAGCUUGUCGAGGGUGACCAAUCACCGGCGCCGACAGGCGUGGCUAACGUCAAGUGGACGAAGCCGUGGCACUGUGGCAUGUGUAAAUAUCGGUGUGCCGCCAAAGACGAUAUUGUCACUCACAUUUUCAAUAAACACGAUAUCAAUACGCAAUUCAAGUGUACGUUGUGUUCGUACAAAACAAACGAGAAAAAGACGUUCGGUGAUCACUUCAAAGACAAUCACCCUGAUAAUGACAUUGAUAUUAUUUAUGUGUACUAUAAGAGCGAGGGGGCGGGUCAGGGGGCGUCAACCAGUGGGCAGAAACAAUUCGAUACCACGCCCCUGUGGCAGCGUGAUAGGCCAAGGGUGCGCCACAUUCGUGGCAUUCUAUUCGAAGAGACGCCUCAAAAAGGGAAAAAACCAAUAACGGUGCGCCAACCGGUCGCCACGCCUUCCACGUCCGGUACUUCAAACCUAGACCUUGCCAUUGAAGCCGUGGCCACUGGAACGGACGAGUACACCUCCGAUAAAAUUGAAGAAAUUAAGGAAGAACCCGUGAUUUUGGUCGAUGAUGAUGAUGAAGUUGAAGAAACAGGGGGGGAGGUUGAUUUGUGUGGCGAGUUGUUGAUCGACAUGGAGAAGGUUCCCGCUGUUGAAGAAAAGGAAUAUUUGAAUGAGGAGAAGUUGACUCGGAAAUAUGGAGCGUUGUGUCAGCCGUUGAAUAAGGCGUUCAAGUGCCCCAUCUGUUUCAAAUUCAAGACGAAGAAGAUCUCGUAUUUCGUCUACCACGUGUUGGGCGAAUUGAAGUGCCAAAGAUUCAAGUGCAAGUCUUGCGAUUUCGUCUGCCUGACAAUGGACACAAUGUUAUCCCACUGUCAGGAGCUCCACGACAAUAUUGUCGCCAACAACGUUAUCGACCUUCCCAUCGAUAAAACCAUCGAAUAUUGGCUCCAAAUUUUGAUAAAACACCAAGCCAAAGCUCUAAUACAGGGCGCCAAUUUACCGACCGGUGAAGAAAACACAUCUCCUGCGUUCAAAACGCAGUGUUUAUACUGUCCUAGAUGGUUUAGAAACAUGUACAUGUGCAAAGAACACGAGUUGUUACAUUGGGCCGACCAUACGUAUGUUUGUAGUCACUGUUAUUCCGAACAUGGCACUCUCGAUGACAUUUUCCAACAUAAUUUUCUCCUCCACCCGGAUUGUGAGCCGUCUAUAGCGACCAAAAACGGCCCUUUUGUCACCAAAGUCAUUUCGAAUUUGAAAAGCCCACCAGUUGGACUCCUCCAAGGUGGCGGCACAACCGACGAAGUGCUCUACUCGUGCAUCUAUUGUUCCGAAAUUGAGAAAAGUCUCCAAACGUUGCGAAAACACGUAACCGAAUGCCACGAAGGCUCCAAGUUUUGUUACAAAGUCGUGACCAAAUCCAAGGUCGAAGUGAUGUACUGUUGCACGUAUUGUCACGAACGCGGUUCGGACACCUACCUCAAACAGCACCACAAGGACAAACACGAGGGCUUGAAGUUCAACAUCUACCAGUACAUUUGUCUGGAGUGCUCCGGCACUUACUUGAACAUCAAGGACUUGCGCAAGCACUUUGGGGACGUGCACCAGGGCAAGAAAUUGACGUAUAGCUGCGUCGAGAGCAAACAAGGCGACGCCAAAGACCAGUUUUGCUGCACCAAGUGCCCCUUCCGCAGCUGCAGUGUCGGGGGCAUCCGGAGCCACGUGCGCAAGCACUUGCGCCCCAUUGACUGCCUCCUGUGCGGGGCCAGUUUCAUAUACCCGACGGAGGCGCGCGCCCACCACAGCCGGGAGCACGCCCACAGUGCCGAGCAGGUGGAGGAGAACGCGGACCGGUUGCGCGAGUACGAGGCGAUGGUGAAGGAGAUCGUGGCGGCGAAAGCGACGCCCGUGCGGAAAAUGCUGGCGCGUAAGUCGACCGGGGCGCCGUUUGUCAGGAGGGAAGAGACGGAUUUGGGGAGUAUUACGACGACUAUUGAGGUUAAUACUGUUACGACAAGGAUUAGCGUUCAACAGUUUAGUAAUCUUUUCAAUAUUUUUCCAGUAGUCGAAUUGCGGGAUUGUAGGGGCUCUUGACCAAACGUGAUGUUUUGUGACGAUGAGGAGUUUGAUAUGGAAGAGGUCUUUGAUACGAUUAUCAGUCAAAUUCCAGAUAAUGUCAUUGUGCAACUGAUGGAGGAAACUUCACAAAACACGCAUUAAUUAUUGUACAGUUUUGUAAGAUUGCGUUCGGAGUUUUCGAUUUAUUUAAGGAUUAUACAAUAAAACAGGCUCAUAUUAGAAUA